GUACAAAGCAAUCGAAUAGAAAAUGCAAGAACAAAUGCAGGAUAUGUCUAUUGAGGACCGAACAAACGGACCGUUACCUCUAGAUAAACUAGAAGGAGCAGGAAUCAAUGCUAGUGAUAUAAAGAAGCUUCAGGAAGGAGGAUAUUACACAGUUGAAUCAGUAGCAAUGACCACGAUGAAGAAAUUAAUAGAAGUGAAGGGAAUUAGUGAAGCAAAAGCUAUCAAGAUUCAACAAGCUGCUACCAAGUUGGUUCCUAUGGGUUUUACAUCUGCGACAGAAUAUAGUAAAGUGCGAGAAGACAUAAUUCACAUUUCUACAGGUUGUAAAGAAUUGGAUGCAAUUCUUGGCGGAGGAAUGGAAACAGGUUCGUUGACCGAACUGUAUGGAGAGUUUCGAACAGGCAAAACGCAGCUCUGUCACACACUUUGUGUAAUCUGUCAACUUCCUGUGGAACAAGGCGGAGGCGAAGGAAAGGCGCUCUAUAUCGAUACAGAAGGCACAUUCCGACCGGAACGACUUGCCCAAAUCAGUCAACGUUUUGGUCUAGAUCCAAACGAUGUGAUGGAUAAUGUGGCUUAUGCCCGAGCAUACAACAGUGAGCAUCAAAUGCAAUUAUUGAUGCAAGCGGGAGCACUGAUGUCGGAGAGUCGAUUUGCUUUGGUGAUAGUGGAUUCAGCAACAGCCUUGUUUCGUACGGAUUAUACAGGCAGAGGCGAAUUAUCAACACGUCAACAAAACUUGGCUCAAUUUCUUCGUGGUUUACAAAAACUGGCAGAUGAAUUUGGAGUAGCGGUGGUAGUAACAAAUCAAGUGGUGGCGAAUCCGGAUACUGGAGUGUUCGCGAAGGAUCCAUUGAAGCCGAUCGGAGGAAACAUAAUGGCUCAUGCGAGUACAACGAGAUUGCGAUUGAAGAAAGGGCGUGGAACAACCCGAAUUUGUAAAGUGGUGGAUUCUCCCUGUUUACCUGAAGGAGAAGCUUCAUUUGGAAUCAGUGAACAAGGAGUGGUGGAAGCCACGGAAUAG